UGACUCUACACAAGCAGGUCAGCGUCUUGGCCGCAGGUUUGUUUUGUACCCGCCUGGUCUUGGCAAGAUCCUAAAGAACCGAAGACUGUGAAGCGCUCGGUCCGCUUCUAUGGUUCAGAAUCUAUUUACAAGACGCUAAGAAGAGGAUGGCUGAUUUACUAGGACUACUGGUCUCACGUCUGACAGUCAUUGCGGUUUGCUUUUAUUCCCUCUGUGCAUUAGACCAAUGCAACGAGGAAGUGACUCGUCUGAGGGAGCAAGAGAAGUUUCUAGAAAGUCGGCUUCGUGAGCAACAACUCCUCCAGCACAGACUGCGACUGUUCAACCAAGCUGGCAACGAGCCAAAUACCGGGGUGGACCAGACUCUCCAAGCUCAGCAACAAGACUGCUCUCAACUGUACACUUCUGGCCUCAAGUCCAGUGGGUACUACAACAUCCACCCUCAUGGCUCCACUGCUGCAGUCAGGGUGUUCUGUGAUAUGAGUGACGGAGGCGGUUGGACGGUGGUGCAAAGACGCAUCAACGGAGCAGAGAAUUUUACCAGAUCAUGGGUGGAAUAUAAAAGUGGCUUUGGAAACAUGGCCGCAGACCUUGGAGAGUUUUGGCUUGGUAAUGACAACCUGCAUGACAUCACUGCACACGGCAAUUACACACUGAGAAUUCAUUUGGAAGACUUUGACGGUACCCGACGUGACGCUGAGUAUAGGAACUUUAAAGUGGCAGAUGAAAAGGAUUUCUACCGACUCACCUUUGGAGCAUAUAGUGGCACGGCGGGAGACGCUCUGUCUGGGAACUACCAGGUUGACGUGUCCAAGUGGGCCAGUCAUCAGGGAGUUCCAUUCAGCACAUAUGACAAAGACAACGACAACUACCGAGGCAACUGUGCACAAGAAGAUAAAGGAGGCUGGUGGUUCAACAAGUGCCACUCAGCCCAUCUGAAUGGCCAGUACUACCCCGGUGGGUACUACAGUGGGCUGACUGACGAUGGCGUGGUUUGGUACACCUGGCGGGGAUGGUGGUACUCUCUGAAAACCAGCAUCAUGAAACUUCGACCUGACAACUUCAAAAUCAACCCCCUGGACGACACCAAUGGCGUUCAUAAGGAUUAGAUCCUAAAACUGCUGGUUUUUAGGCAUAUAUGCUCUGCACUAUAAAAAAAUAACCGAAAAACGACAUUAGAGUACAGUGGUACCUCGGUUUUUGUUAGUCGUCCGUUCUAAAAGAUGAAUCAAAUUUUCCCAUCGGAAAAAAUGUAAAUCCAAUUAAUAUGAACACAAAUCAGGUUUAACAUGCAAAAAAUAAUGUAAAAUAUACAAAUAAAUGAUGAAUGAAAUGUAUUCAUAAACAAUAUUUACAUUUCAGUUUUACCUUUAUUGUAAACUCUUGUUAGAAAAGAAUUUGCACUUUGCUUCAAGUUCUUCCUUGAACUCAAUAGUGUCUCACACAUUGCAACUUUUUUGGUACCUGGGUGGAUUAAUUUUAAGUUGCUAUUACUUAAAAAAGCUCAGAAACAAUGUCACUCAUGGGUGGAUUUGUUUGUUACAGCCCAUGUUUGGUUGUAUGAUAGCCUACAUGGUGUACGAAAACCAGAGCAAAAUUUUGAGGAAAAUUUUGGUUGGAAACCGAAUCAUAUAAAAGGAAAGGCGUACAAACACCGAGGUACCGAUGUUAGUCAUGUAGUCAUUGUUACAGCUUGCAACCUGCAAACAUUAAAUAUAUUGUCGUAAAUAUAAAAACUAUACAUAAUGAUUGUUUUCUGUUACAAGUAGGGAUGGGUACCGAAUUUGGAAGUUUUAUUGGUCGCAACCAAAGUUUGUUGAUACUCCCAGGUAAUGGUUCAUCUAAAAAUCAAAUGGUACCAUUUAUCAAUACCAAUGUUACGCAUGAUGGACGACUGGUUGCAAACUCAGCACCGUCUCAAACACUUGGCAGGCAAACAGACAUAUUCAUAACAGACUGUCUAAGUAGUAAUUUUCCAUGCCAACAAAGCAAGCAUACUUGAUAGAAAAAAUUUCAAAGCAAGACUCCAUUUUUUUCAAUUUGCGCUAGUUUGAUGCUAAUUGGAUAUGCCAUAUACAUGUUACUAAUUGGAUAUGCCAUAUACAUGUUACUGAUUAACAUUUUGAAUGGUGAUUUCAACACCUUUAACUUUGGUAAUCGACACUAAACUAAGAUGCACGUUUACAACCAAACAGCUGGUGUGUAAUAAGUGAAUUACUUAGAGUAUAAACACUUUGUAGGACUCAACAAAAGACUAGAAUGCCACGUUCAACUUAAUAGCAAAGACUACUUUCUGAGUACUGCCACACACCCAAGACAAACAAAAUGAUACUCAAAAGUGUAAGAAAAAAGAUGUGACAACUGGACAGCACAUAUUUCAUUACCAGCUUAUUGUUAAAUGUUACUAUCAAACUUUGUCACUAAAUGUACACACACACAAAAGUGCAGUAAUUAGCACUGCAUAGGUUCAAAUGUAAAAGGUACCCAUCCUUAGUUACAAGUAUCUUUAUACAAAACUUCAAAUAUUAACCACAGCUAUCAAACAAAACAGUUCUGCUGUAUACAUGACUGUAUUGUCAUAAAGCAAUAAAACAGAAUGACUUCAACAAAGUGUUGUUUUUUUUAAACUAUAGGCUAAUACUAACGUUGGGCCCUCAGUGGCCUGACAUUUAUUACAAUUACUUUGAUUCUUGAAACCUAACGACUAACUUAUUAAGAUGAUUUUUCUGUUUUUUUAACCUUAGUCUUAUCAUGCAAAUCAUACAAAUUGGAGUGCUGGAUAGUUAAUGCAAUAUAUCUAUACUUCUUAUUAAUUAAUUAAUAUAGUACUAUGUAGUGUAAUAUAAUCUAAAAGUAUUUUUUUAACUGGACAGACACCAGUUGAUUGUAUUGUGGUUAAUAAAUAAAAGGGUUUAGGUUAGAAUAAUAUUAUAUUUAAGGCUGUCCAAGGAAUAAACUUUUUUAAGCAGAAUAAACACAAUGUACGAAAUAAUGAAUCCUCAAAGAAUCACCAUUAGCAACAGUGUCUGAAUCAUGCAAAGUUUCACUUUAACAGUCUUGAUUAUGUAGAUUGAACACACUAUGAGUUGAAAACCUAUUGGUGGAUAUAUACAUCAUAUAUUUAUCUUCUGAGGCCUCGGUCAGGACAAAUACUUAAUUUCGAAUAUAUUUGACGUUACCGUUCUACACGGCAGGGCCCUUCCAUGAGCCCUUUGCUUUUUGCUCUUUCCAUUGAACCUCUGUCAAUAGCCCUUCAUCCCAACGAGCUAAUUGCAGGCAUAUGUAGACAUAAUGUGCAGGUGAAAGUCUCUAUCCAUGCAGAUUACCUUCCUGUAUAUGUCUCGGACAUCUCUGUCUCAGUCCUGGCUGCCUUAAGUACUCUCCAAGAUUUUGGACAUGUGUCUGGUUAUAAAUAAAACUUGGGGAAUAGUGAAAUAUUUCUGAAAAAAAUUCUGCUGCUAAGAAAUAUCUUCUGCAACUUGGGCGUCCAGGUAAUACACAUAAUUGCAUGACUUUAUAAAGCCAACUUUGUUCCACUGUUGUCCAGUGGCAUGUAUGCCGACAUCUGCUGACCUAAUAAAAUCACUUUUUGACAAUUAA